AUGCCUCUUUACUUUGAUGCAGGAAAUGGGAUCGCUUUCUUCCUCUUCUUGGUGCCAAUGACUACAUUGAAGAGCAUCAUGAAAAAGAAUGAGUUCACAGAGCAGUACCUCUCGGGCAUUCCUUACCUCAUGACUUUGCUCCUUUCAGCGGCUUGGUACGGCCUGCCACUUGUGUCUCCAAAGAACAUUUUGGUGUCGACCAUCAACACUAUCGGAGCAGCAAUUGAAGCCAUAUACUUGUUGAUCGUCUUCCUACUGGCUCCCAAGAUGGAAAAGGAUAAAAUUCUUGAGCUCCUCACUUAUACGCUGUCAUUUAAGCAAAGCGAGAACCCAAAGAAAAUCAAAGAAACCCUAAGCACAUAA